AUGACUCCACAAACCGCCCUCGCUGUCGCUAUUGCCCUCCCUUUGGCACUACUCUGCAUUGCUACUUUGAUCGGGAGUGCAAUCAUUCUCGCUCGUUCAGCAAACCAGCGCAGAUUAUUAGCUUGUGACUUAUCCAGCGCAAAAAUGGAGCUCGCCAAACUCCAAAAACAAGUCGCCGCCUUUCCGCGGGUAGGUCCCACUGGCUUCGAGAGUCAAUUCUUUCGGGAAGAUAUCGAGUCUGCCUAUGGGAGUUUCUUCGUUACUGUGAAUAGCCAUGUACGAAGGUGGAUCGAGCAUGGGGGAAAAUCUUCACCUCCAAGAAAAGACUCUGUUGCUCGGAUUGAAGCUAUCCUCUUUCCGAAGCCACCCGCACCGAGUUCCUUCAAUAAGGGAAUGGACACUACUCUGUUUUCGAAUCCGCACCAAUACACGGUCGAAGAGAUAUGCUCUUCAAUCGAGGAUAACGAGACCCGCCACGCAAUGCUCGGACACAUUGUCAUGUCUAUUCUUCUCAAGGCGGUCACCCUUCGGAAAGAUGCUACGUCUACUCUCCUCCCGUUUGCAACGGUCGAAGUGCGAUCCCUCGCUAAGCUUCACGAGGCAAUUCGAACUCUGUACCUCACUACCCCGGUGGCGCGCCACAUUGCGAGAUAUUGGAUCUACGCGUCAUUGCCGGACAACAACAAUGCCACGAAGAAUAAACGGUCCGAGUACCGCGAUGUCCUUGAAUCCCUCUUCGAGCCACACCUCCCUGUGAAUGCGGACAAGUUUUGUUACCACGCGGAUCUCAACGAUGUUUUGGACAAUGCUAUCGAGUUUGGAAAGAAAGUCACGGGGAGGACGUCGGAUCAUAUCGAAACGCGCUGGGGCAACAGAGAAGACGUUGAUUGGAUUGUGACUCAUCCUGCACUCUAUGCCGUUCAAUAUAUGGAGGAUGGUCGUUUUGUUGAUCACUGCUUGGACCGAGGAGCGAUGUAUCGUGCAACUACAGAGGAGACAAGACAGGAUAUGAUUCGUCACGGAGCUUUGCAGGAGUCAGCUUGA